AUGUCAGAGCAUAGUCCACUUCUUGCGAAUGGUGACGAGCACUCGUACAGUGGCUUAAGCAACGAUGACCGCUUUUAUAUGGGCGUAGACAAGCGUUCGCUGCUGGAUACUGGUGAGGCGGGUCUUAGUACUGUCGAAGCCACGCGCCGUCUUAAAAUUUUUGGGCCAAAUGAACUUGAAAGCAAGGAAAAGAGUCCAUGGCUCAAGCUUGCAGAACAAUUUUGGGGUCCUAUGCCCAUUAUGAUCUGGCUUGCUAUUCUAGUCGAGGCGAUUACCAAAGACAUACCCGAUUUCUUUGUUCUGCUCUUCCUUCAGCUACUUAAUGGUACUGUUGGCUGGUACGAGGAACUAAAGGCUGGCAAUGCUGUCGCUGCACUCAAAGCAAGUCUCAAACCCGAGGCGCAAGUCAUUCGUGAUGGUGUGCACCAGACAAUCAAUGCAGCGCUGCUUGUACCCGGCGACCGCAUCACACUAUCAGCCGGUUCAGCCGUGCCAGCCGAUUGCGAUUUGUGCGAAGGAAAUCCUGUACAAAUUGACCAAGCGGCAUUGACUGGUGAAUCGUUUCCUGUGACUAUGACAACUGGUGACAAUGCCAAGAUGGGGUCCACCGUCGUACGUGGUGAAAUUGAAGCGGUUGUGUCGGCUACCGGUGGUCAGACAUUCUUUGGUAAGACUGCGAGUCUCAUUUCGUCUGUGGACGAAGUAAGUCACUUUCAAAAGAUUUUGAUUCGCAUCACAAUGUUUCUCAUGGCUAUUUCAUUUGUCCUCGUUGGCUUUUGCCUCGGGUACCUCAUUUACAAUGGCGAAGAUUUUCUUGAAGCAAUCGCUUUUUGUGUUGUUUUACUUGUAGCAUCGAUUCCUAUUGCCAUGCAAGUUGUAUGCACGUCGACUAUGGCUUUAGGAUCUCGGAAAUUGGCAGAAGAAAAGGUCAUUGUGACCCAACUCCAAUCGAUUGAGACUCUUUCUGGGAUGAAUAUGUUGUGUUCCGACAAAACGGGUACUCUGACACGUAAUAAGAUGGAAUUGCAAGAUGAUUUACCAAUUUUCCACCCAACUGCUACACGUGAAGAGGUGCUCAUUACUGCAGCGCUUGCUGCCAAGUGGAAAGAACCUCCCAAGGAUGCACUGGAUACUCUGGUUUUGAAUGCCAUCGACUUGCGUCCACUUGACCAGUACACAAUGAUGGACCACAUGCCAUUCGACCCAUCCGUGAAGCGUACUGAAUCCAUGAUUCGUGGUCCAGACGGUAAAGUUUUCAAGGUCACAAAAGGUGCACCACAGAUUAUUUUAGCUCUGGCUCACAACGUGACUGAGAUCCAAGAAGAGGUGGAAGUGAAAGUAUUGGACUUGGCCAAGCGUGGUAUUCGUUCACUUGCGGUAGCUCGCACGUCGGAAGAAGAGGCAAAUGGAGGAUGGGUAUUCCUUGGAAUCAUGACGUUCCUAGACCCUCCUCGUCACGAUACAAAGCGGACGAUUGAACUGGCUCAUGAAAAUGGCAUUGGUGUCAAGAUGAUCACUGGUGACCAGGCUGCUAUUGCUGUCGAAACUUGUCGUAUGCUCGGAAUGGGAACGACAAUCUUAGGAACCGAUGUUUUGCCCACAGCUAACGUCCAGGACGGACUAUCGACAACGUUAGGAUCCGACUACGGUGCAAUCGUAGAAAGUGCCGAUGGAUUUGCCCAAGUGUUUCCAGAACAUAAGUUUUUAAUCGUGGAAGUGUUGCGCCAGCGUGGAUGGGUCUGUGGUAUGACGGGAGAUGGUGUGAAUGACGCUCCUGCUCUCAAGAAGGCGGAUGUUGGAAUUGCAGUCGAAGGCUCGACGGAUGCUGCACGAGCGGCCGCUGAUAUUGUACUUACACAACCAGGUCUUUCGGUUAUUAUUAAUGCCAUCACUCUGUCACGAAAAAUUUUCCAGCGUAUGCGCAAUUACGUGACGUACCGUAUUGCGUGCACAAUCCAGCUACUCAUGUUCUUUUUCAUAUCCGUGCUUCUAUUCCAUCCAGACAGUUGCCGUUUCCAGCACUUUGUUCCUCGCGUUGGCGAGUGCCCGUAUGUUCAAAAUGAAAGCACGGAGUCUGUGGAUCCGUACUUCAAACUGCCAGUCAUUGCGCUUGUACUCAUUACAAUCCUGAACGACGGUACGAUCAUCUCUAUUGCCUACGAUAAUGUCGUGCCUUCCAAGCGCCCAGAGACGUGGAACUUGCCGCGUAUCUAUUGGGUAUCAACAACGCUUGGUCUCAUUGCCGUUGCAAGCUCACUGCUGCUACUCUUUUGGGGUCUUGACUCGUGGAACAAGAAUGGAAUCCUCGCUUAUUUUGGAGUUGGAGACCUUCCGUAUGACCAAGUGAUGAUGAUGAUGUAUCUCAAGAUCUCUUUGUCCGACUUUAUGACGGUCUUUACAGCUCGUACCGCAGGUCUCUUCUUCACGCGUGCUCCUGGACGUCUUUUGAGUGUUGCAGCAUGCUUUGCUACCGUUGUGUCGACGCUUCUAGCUGUAUUCUGGCCGUUUACGGAAAUGCAAGCCAUUUCAUUUAAGCUGGCAGGUUUUGUCUGGGUCUAUUGUCUCUGCUGGUUCUUUAUUCAAGAUCUCGGCAAGGUACUCUUGAUCUUUUUACUUGAGCAUGCGGACCACAUGAACGUGUUUGAGCAAAAAGUCAGCAGCAAGAAGUAUGUUAAGCACGAAGCACAGCGCCAGAAUCGUAUUCGUAUGGGUUCAACCCUGUUGAACAAUGAUUCGUUCAUGCGUGGGUCGUUUGUGGCUGGUCGUCCUGUUGGAACUUCGUUUGUGGAACGUAGCAUGACCCUCGAACAGGCGAUGGACCGCCUUGUGCGUCUUGAGGCUGAAGUGAGGGUCAUUCGGGCUGUGCUGCAGAAUGCAUCGGUUGCAGAUAAAAGAAAUAAAUUUUGCGUUGUUUCAAAAUAG